ACGGGUGCUGCUGCCACGGUUGCCACGGUUGCUGCGACUACUGCUGGCAAAAAUGAAAUUAAAUUAAAAAUUGUGUGUUGUAUUUGCGACUCUGGUGUGCGACGAAAACGACGUCGCCGAUGACGACGGUGUGUGCUCCUCCUUUUUCAUGUUAACCUUUUUAUAUUUCUAUAUCUCGUUAUCAAACUAACGGGCGCAAAACUUCAGUGCUAAGCUUCGGCGCGUUGACAGUCAAUUAGAAGUGAACCGAAAGUAAAAAUGCGAGAUUAAAUGCCCAGAAAAAAAGCAAAAAUAAAGUACAACAUACCUCGCCAUUUUUGGACAGAAAUUUAAUCGAAGCCAAUUGCGUAUAACUUCAAUCCAUUUUAAAACAUAAAGUAAAGUGUUAUCUAAUUUACCGUCCAUAAGACAGCCAGCGCCACCUGGCGGCGUGAACAAAACACUGUGUGUGUAUGUGCUUGUUACUAUACAUACGUAAAUGUACCACAUAACGGGAAGUUGGUCAUAGAAAGUGAAAGUGCACACGAAACGGACCGAGGUUCAUUUGCUCGCUCGCCAUUCAAUAUCCUUCCCUGCCGAAUCGGGCUACUUAACGGGGCAUAGGCACGCAAUCAACAUAUAACCAUCACUCGACGGAUACACUAUAUGUAUGUGUAUAUAUUUAUAUACAUAAAUACAUAUAUAUGUACAUAUAUUUAAAUGUGUAUACAUACUCUCUAUAUGCGUGGGAUAUUUGGGCGACAAUUUUAACAACUAAUAUAUAUUGUUGCUGCUACAAAAAGCAAGCAAAAUAAGAAAAUAAACAGCUGAAAGAGCAACGCCUUGGAAUUACAACAAAAGCAAAUAUUUCGCAGUACGUUGCAGCCGCAGGCUUGGGACGUAAAUGAGCGAACCCGGCGAUUUACCAUUGACACACAGUAGCACACCGGAUAGCAGGCCGCCCUGCAGCAUUAUCUCAAUCAUACCAACCAUAGGGAUGUCAUCAUGCCGUGGUCGAGCCGAGGCGUUUGCGAGAAGUUUGUCCUCCAAACUGCGCACAUUGGGUUCCCAGACCAACGAAGAGGGCGCCAGUGCAGAGGACGAACCGAUCAUAAAUGGCACCAACACCAAUACCUGGGUUAACCCAAACGAAUCAAAACAGACUGUCACCGAUCUCCAGCCGCUACGCCACGAGUCGGACUCCUUUUUCGAUUUCGACUGCGAGCUGGAAAGUCCGGGUAGCCCAGUGGAUGAGUGCGAGUAUCUGCGCCUCAUCGAAACCGCUUCUAAUACGCCGCACAACUCGACGGCGGUGUCGGGAUAUGCCUGCGCCUCGGCUGCAAGUAGCCACAGCAGCACAGACGGUCCCUAUUUUGAUGCCCCGAGUGGCGCAACAGCCUCAACAACAACAGCGGACCAGCUAACAGUCACUACACAGCAGCCCCACCGUAGUAAGCUUCCGCCGGUCGAAUUGAAUGAGUUUGUGAAUGCCCUACAGCUUAACGGUGCGCCGGAGCUACUGACAAAUGGAGGCUUGGAAGCGCACGAGCAGCCCGCGAUAGGGGAGGAGAUUGAAAAAUCGGCAACACAGACAGAAGCAGAGACAAAAGCAGAGACAGAGGCAGAGGCAGAAAAUGUUGUUGUGGAGGAUGAGAUCGAUCUGCAGGCACAGAUACUCAGCGAACUGCAGCAGCAGAGCGACGACUAUAUAAAUUCAGGAAACGGAGACAUCAAUAUCCCAAUCUCAGAGCAAGCAGAGGUACAAGAGGAGGAGCUAACAGCAGCUGACAGUAGACAUACAGAGCAGCAACCGAUUCAGGAAAAUGUAAUAGUGUCGCCGACUACAUCGACGACAAAUAAGGAGCAGCUUGGGGAAGAUGAAACCGACAAAAAUUACAGCAUGCAAUUGACUGUUGAUGUGAACAUUGCACAGCUCGAACAAGGCAAUGUAGAUGUAGCAGAGCCCUCGUCGGCACCGGAGAAGAUGACCCACAGCCAUGGUAUUGAUACCACUGACGAUGAGGACGACUGCCGACCCCAACGUGUGCGACGCUGUUCCUCACUAAAAACAGGAAAAACCCCACCUGGCACACCCGGGCGGAAGAAAAUUGUACGCUUCGCUGACGUCCUUGGACUCGAUUUGGCUGACGUAAAGACCUUCCUUGACGAAAUACCCAACAUACCCAAGUCCGCCUUUGAGGAUCUGGAAAUUCUCGACUCCGAACCGCCACUGCAGCUGGGCCCCAAGUCGGACAAAUUGCUCAUGCCACUGUUCCAACAGCCGGGUGGCCUGCCCACAUUCCUCGAUGCGGUGCGCGAGAAACAAGUCUCGCUGGAGAAUGCAGCCGUCACGGAUAACAUCAAUCAGACGAUUGCUGGUUCGGUGCGAGUACGCAAUCUGGACUUCCACAAAUCUGUGCACGUGCGCUACUCGCUGGACGGCUGGCGAAGCUAUGCCGACCUACAGGCCAAUUAUGUGGAGAAUUCCUGCGAUGGAUUCUCAGACAAAUUCACCUUCGUCCUCUUUGGCAACUCGUUGCACGUUGGACAGCGCCUCGAAUUCGCCGUUCGCUUUCAGUGCAAGGGCCAGCAGUUUUGGGACAACAACUACGGCGCUAAUUACUGCUUCCAAUGCUUGCCCACCUCUAAUCACUUGACAUCGACAACGCCUGUUGCUGGUGGCCCCGUGCCAGCACAUCUCACUAGCAAUUUGGUCGGCAUGCUUAGCCCUACAGUGGGCGAUACCUGGUGCAGUUCAUUCUACUAAUCGUUAGCAAUGCGACAAUGUAACAAUGAAGUCAGUAGACGCGGGUCGUUAAAAGUUUGGGGAUAUCAGCAUGAUCAGUGAUGGGGCCGUAUCAAGGGGGCGGUCCGGGCUUAUGAAUCGAUCCCCCUGUAUGUAAAGCAAAUGAUUAUAUUUUUAUAGAGUGGAGGUAGCAAAUUCAACCAAACAAGCGAUCAAAUACAAGUAGUUCCAUACAAAAGUGAUCCCAAAAGAGCAGAUGAAUCCCAAAGAUAGCUGUUAGUCAUACUCGUAUGUUUUAAGAAGAGCAAGUGAUAACAAAUAGUAAUGAAAGAUGAUCAGUUUUUAUGGCUUGAGUUAUAGCAUCGAUAAUUUCUCGUCUCUCCCUCUGUAUUUCCCCUGGUAAUAACACGGAACGGUUGUGUGGGCAGCUCGGCAGCUCGGUAUGUCGGUAACUGGGAUCAAAUCAGAUAGCAGAAUGAAGAUAGCAGAUAGCAGAUCAGCCACAAGAAUAAAGCAAAUACCUAACAUCCAAUUUCUAGUCAUUUCAAGUUCACUUUGGGACUCUUUAAAGGCCUUAUUACAUACAUGCAUGCACACACAGCAUUUAUGUAGAAAACAUUCUAGCAGACCCAUUUAAUUAAAUGAUACCACAAAUGAGACAUACUCGUACGAGUAUAUGGAGAAUAGUCGCAUUGGGCAUAUGACUAGCUACGGCUCUAACACUAGAGCACUACUAGAGAACAUGGCUUACACUAGCAAUUCAAAACCCGAAUAUUGCAGGAUCUCUACUAGUUGUUCACAAUGAGCUGGGUUAUACAAGUAAGAACGGCUAGAGCUGCUGCAAUAAUCGUUGCUCUUCUGACUCGUAUCGCAGAGUCGAAAGCUCCCUGCAUGAUUAAACCAUUCGUAACCAAAGCAAUCCCAGUACUACUUGUAUGUGUACUGAAUAUCCUAAUUUUAUUUUGUGCUAUACCAAAACUGUUAUAUCUCUUUGAAAUUGUACCUCUUUUUUUAUUUUGUUUAUUUUAUUAAGAAUCUUUGUCAUUUAGUUUCGCAGUUUCGAUGAUUUUUAAGUACUCGUAUGUAUUUCUUAAUGAUUAUUAUGUGUGUGUUUUGCAAGCAUAUCGAAGAGAACACACAUGUUUUUAUUUUUGCUUCAGUUAAGUAAAAAUGUUACACAUCUUUAUAUCUUUAUGUAUAUAGUAUAUACUUAUGUAUAAUUUGUGUCCUCACACCUUACUCAUUAUAUGAUGCCUCAUAUAAUAUAUAUACACAAUAAAAUAUUCUACAUUUUAGCUUA